UGUCCCUGAGUGCCGGUGAUCUCUAUGGCUCUGCCGAGAUGUGCCAAUAUCAACGGACCGUCCGCACGAAGCUAAAAUGAACCCAAGCAAGCCGUCUACCCAUCUAGGUAUCUAUCUAUCUACCCUAACCCCCAUCGAUACAACACCACAUCCACCGCCCACCGCCCACCGCCCACCACGGGAACAACCGCAAGCUUAUCCUACCUACUAACGAAGAUGUAUGUUCCACACAUUUCCAUAUACACCAUUCCCCUCCGGCCCCCCCAAUCCACCAAUUCCUAACACCACCCAAUCCCUAAAACUUUUUCUCUUUUUCUCUUUUUCUCUUUUUCUUAACAAUUUUUCUCUUCCGCGAGCUUUCGCCGUGUUUCUAUGCAUGAUGGUGCGGGCGCCUCAGGUACGGACUCCGAGAGACAGGGGCCGCCGCCGCGGGCAUAGUGGGGGCUUAGUCAGCUAGCUGUAGUGUUAAACGC